AUGCUGACGAAUGAAUGUGAGACAGCCCCGACUCAUGUGCUCCAGUGUGACUGGAAUCAAUAUCCAGACAAUGGAUUCCAGGUUGGCUGUGAUGGCCGUGUCUCGUACAACGGACAGACGGAGUUUUGGGAGUGCCAGACUGGCGAGAGUGGCCAGUAUAACGUCUACCUCAAUGGUGGGCAAGGCAUCAACUGCAACAAAAUUACCCUCAAUGCUGAUAACUGCCGCUCUGAAUGCCCUCCACCACCACCGCUGUAUCAUCCUACCCCAAAGAUCUGCCCAGCUGAUCUCAAUGGACCUUAUGAGUUCCCUCACCUCAUCAUCCCUGUGGACAGAACCAAGCCUAACAAUGCCCCUGGAACAUCCUACUUCGGCGAAGUCUCCGGCAGCGUCUCAUCCAUCUUCAACUUUGACAUUCCCAGCGGCGAUAACGCCAAGAAGUGCAGCCUCGUGUUCCUCUUCCCUGAGCAAAAGGAUCUCCAGACGUCUUCCUUUACGUUCUCCGGCUCGGGCGCUCUGGACUUUGCCCAGCUGAACAGCCCUGCUACACAAGGCACGACAUGGAACAACCAGCCGGGCAAGAAGCAGGACUUUGGAACCACUACGGUUUCGCCUGGACACAGCUAUGUGAUCUCUACUUUUGAUUGCCCGGCUGGACAGACUAUUGCGUAUGAGAUUUCGGAUGCAAACGGUGGAGGUACUUCGUUUAGGUACUUCCAGGAUUAUAACCCGUCGCCUAUUGGAUUGUAUAUCAGAAAGUGCUAG